AUCUGUUCAUAUUCAGCAUCCAUUAGCAGCGUUUGAAAUUUAAUACCCCUGUGACAUUGUCGGACGUCGUUUAACCGCCGUUUGUCCGCUAAUUUAACUACAAACAACACGGAAAAGAUUUGACGAAAUAGCUACAACAAAUUUGAUAUCAUUAUGGCAACAACAACACAAUAAAAAAGAGAAUCAUGAUAUACAAUUUAAUGAUUUUACACCUCGCCGUCAUAAACCAUAUCACGACUGGGGCAAUAGAUUUGUUUUCUCACAUCAUUAUCAUCAUCAUCUUCAAGACGAUGAAAAGCUUGCUCUCUUUUGAAUAAUAGUGGAUCAGUCAGUAUUGAAUUAAGCAGCCAGAUAGAUACAUCGGAACGAAAGUACGAAAGAAAAAAACUAAAGAUGACAGAUCUGGAAUUGCAAGGAGGUUUACUGGGCCAAGACCAAAACCAAAAAUCAAAAACAGAUUCCUCCAAGGCCAAAGAAACCUGGGGCAAUGACAUUGAAUUUCUAUUCUCCUGCAUUUCUCUUUCCGUGGGCUUGGGCAAUAUAUGGCGUUUCCCCUACAUUGCCUUUCAAAAUGGUGGCGGUACAUUUGUUAUACCCUAUCUAAUUGUUUUGCUGAUAAUUGGACGUCCCGUGUAUUAUUUGGAAAUAUUGCUGGGACAAUUUUGUGGCAAGGGAUGUAUCAAGGCCUUCGAUAUGGCACCGGUAAUGAAGGGUGUUGCUGCUGGCCAGGUAUUGGCAACUACCGCCUCCAUAACAUAUUACUCCAGCAUUAUGGCCCUGACUUUGAGAUAUUUGAUUGCCUCCUUUUCCAGUGUGCUGCCAUGGAGCACAUGUAAACCAGAAUGGGGUCCACAAUGUUUGGAAUAUACUCAGCAGGGAGAAAACAAUACAAGUAACUUAAAUUCUAGCGGCACAAUGUCACCAGCGGAAUUGUAUUUCGAAAAAGAAAUUCUCCAUGAAUAUGAGAACAUCAACGAGGGCAUUGGUCUACCCAAUUGGCAAUUGGUUGGCUGUUUGGCAGCUUCAUGGCUGAUUAUUGGUGGAGUGCUCAUAAGAGGUGUUAAAAGUUCUGGAAAAGCUGCCUAUUUCCUGGGCGUCUUCCCCUAUGUGGUGCUUAUUGUUUUGCUCAUUAGGGCUGUAACCUUGCCAGGAGCAUUGGAGGGGAUAAUUUACUUUUUUAAACCUCACUGGGAGGAAUUACUCAACCCCCUGGUCUGGUACGCUGCAGUAACUCAGGUAUUUUUCAGUUUGGCCAUAUGUUUUGGAACCCUCAUAACCUAUGCAUCCUACAACAAUUUCUCGAGGAAUGUGUACAACGAUAUUUUGAUCAUUACCACCAUGGAUUCAUGCUCCUCCAUUAUAGCUGGCUGUAUUACCUUUGGAAUAUUGGGCAAUUUGGCCUAUCAAACCGGCAACACAGACAUUGCUAGUGUAGUUAAAGGUGGUGCCGGCUUGGCAUUUAUAUCAUAUCCCGAUGCAAUUGCCAAAUUCGAUUUUAUACCACAGGCAUUCGCGGUUCUUUUCUUCUUAAUGUUAUUUGUCUUAGGCAUUGGAAGUACGGUGGGCAUGGGCAGCUGUAUAAUACGGGUGGUGCGUGAUCAAUUCGGCCACAUUGCAAAUUGGCCCUUGGCGUUGGGUUUGUCGGUGCUGGGUUUUACCAUUAGCAUUGUGUAUAUGUGUCCGGGUGGCCAGUUUAUAUUGAAUUUGGUGGACUUUUAUGGUGUCUCGUUUACGGCAUUGAUUUUGGCCAUUGGUGAGCUGUUGGCUUUGGGAUGGGUUUAUGGUGUUAAACGUUUCUGCGAGGACAUUAAAUUUAUGGUGGGCAUUAAAACUGGCCUCUAUUGGCGUUUAUGUUGGGGUCUCAUUACACCGGGCCUCAUGCUGUCGGUGCUUAUCUAUACCCUGCUUGAUUUGCAACCUUUGACCUAUAAAAACGUGGAUUAUCCCACAGUUGCCCAUGUUUUUGGUUGGUGUCUGGCUGCCUUGGGCCUGCUACAACUUCCCGGCUGGGCUGUGUAUGAAUAUUUCCAACAAAAUCGGGAUUUCAGUUUCAAAAAAAAAUUACGUAGCAUUUUCAAACCAUCUCUAGAAUGGGGACCCCAGGAUGCGAACACCAAUGAAGAGUAUCAGAACUAUCGUAAAAACUUGCAGGCAUCUAAAUCAACGGCCUACAAAAGGAUCUUUGGAAAAGCUUUUGAAAAUUUAUUUACUUGAAAUAGUUUACUAUUAAAUACAAAUAAGAUAAAAGAAAUAGUAGUUUUUCAGCAUUUUCUUCAGGGUAACAUGCCCUGCCGAGACUUCUGAAAAUUAAAAAAAAAGCAAUUACAAUUAAUUAAAAGAUAUAGCAA